AUGGCGUCAUCUCUGAAUAUUGUGAAAGCCGACUCUGUUUUGCGGCUCAGCACUAUCUUGAGACGUUGGAAACCUGCUUGGCUAGUUCUCUAUGCAAAUGGUGAGCUGCGAUAUUACGAAAGUAAGGAUGAUUAUGUACCCAAAGCAACCGUCAACGUUCCACGAGUGUGUCGAGAAGUUAUUUCUAGUCCUAGAAAUAUUGACCCACCUAAGGAUCGUUCAAAUGAUUGUAUUUUUGGUCUUAAAACAAAUGAAUCUGAUUGGUAUUUUUGUGCUGAAUCACCUGAUGAUGCAGCUGUAUGGCGAAUCGCCUUGUCUGAAGUGAAAGGAUUAACUUUACCUCGUUACCGUGUUCAUAUACCACCUCCAGAUGCGCCACCACCGGGAUAUACAGAUGGUGAGAAUUACUAUCAAUAUGGUUGCCCUCCUGAAACGACAGUUCCUCUUUAUCAAGCUUCUGCAGGAAGGCAGUAUGUGCCAACUGUAUAUCGUGGUACCGAUGGAGAAUAUGUAAUGCCUCGACAAAUUAUUGAACAUCCUGAUGGAUCACGUACACUUAUCCUUGGUGAUGGGAAUGAAAUCCCCUGUCAUUGUCGACAUGGUUAUUAUUGUGGAUGCGGUUAUGGUGCUGGAGAUGCUGCCCUGUUGGGUUUAGCUGCUGGGACACUUAUGUGGUCACCCUUUUUAUGGGCUCCAUUUUUCUGGUGUUAA